CUAGCGGAAAACGGAACAAAGAGUCGUUGGUGCGACUUUUAACGUUUGUGCGAAUGUUGAAGUCAAGAUUAUGCAAGGCACUCAAAAGAGUAAUCAGCAUGUUCCAGGCACUGGCAUUUUCUAUAUUAAGGAAGAACAAGUGGCAGCUGGCGCCAUGGCAACCAAAAUGGAGGGCGACACCCAAGUCUAUCGAUCCCGGUUUUUGAUGCUGUUCUUGUUUGUGAUGUACUCUAUGUCAAAUGCUUUUCAAUGGAUAGAAUACGCUAUUAUAACGAACAUUGUUAGCACAUAUUAUGGUGUUCAAGAAAUUGCCAUCAAUUGGACCUCCAUGAUUUAUAUGGCAUCCUACAUUCCGCUCAUCUUUCCCGCGAACUGGAUCCUGGAAAAGAGAGGUUUACGGUUCGCUGUGCUCCUCGGAUCUUUCGGCACGUGCUUAGGUUCAUGGGUGAAAUGCGGCAGUUUGGCGCCAGACCGUUUCCCAAUAACUAUGUUGGGUCAGACCAUUGUUGCUGUAUCUCAGGUGUUUAUCUUGGGUAUCCCUUCCCAAUUAGCUGGAGUAUGGUUCAGCGCUGAAGAAGUAUCCCGUGCUUGUGCAGUGGGUGUAUUUGGGAAUCAACUAGGUAUUGCCUUAGGAUUUGUUCUUCCACCUCUAAUUGUUCCCAAUUCGCCGAACAAAGAUGAUGUUACGAAAGGUCUGAGUAUUCUGUUUUACUCUGUAGCAGUCAUAACUACCGUCCUGUUCGUGGCGAUUAUUUUCCUAUUUAAAGAAAAGCCUCCAUUUCCACCCAGUCGAGCUCAGGCAGCUAUUGUAAACUGCAAUUCAAGAACUGGAUAUUGGUCUUCCAUUUUGCGACUUAUCAAAAAUGUACAUUAUUUGCUCUUGCUCACAACAUACGGUAUCAACGUAGGUGUUUUUUAUGCAAUAUCAACGCUUUUAAACCAGAUGGUUCUUUUCUAUUACCCGGGCGAGGAGGAACGAGUUGGAUGGAUGGGACUGACUAUUGUUAUUUCUGGAAUGCUCGGUUCUGUAGCUUGUGGUAUAUUACUUGACAAGACUCAUCGAUUUAAAGAAACAUGUCUCGGUGUUUACAUUCUAUCACUCUGCGGAAUGGUAGCAUUUACUGUGGUGCUGCGGUAUGGAAACAUGUGGUCUUUAUUUCUUAUGGCAGGCUUGCUGGGGUUUUUUAUGACCGGUUACUUACCACUAGGCUUUGAGUUUGCAGCUGAAAUAACCUAUCCAGAAGCAGAAUCUAUAUCUUCUGGUUUACUAAAUGCAUCAGCUCAGGUUUUUGGAAUAAUAUUUACAGCAGCCGCUGGAGAAGUUGUGGAGGAUGUUGGGGAUAUUGCUUGCAACACCGGACUUUCGAUCUCUUUAUUUAUUGGUAGCGUUAUUACAGGUUUCAUAAAAUCUGAUCUUCGUCGCUUUAAAGCAUCUCAGAUGGAGGAUUCUGAAAGUCAAGCUAAAUUUAAUACAUGUUAAAACAAGAAAGUCUCUUACGUCUUCCAGCGCUCAGAUGUAGAAUUUCUUUCUUAGCUAAAUGUACAGUUCGUGAAGAACUGAAGCAUCACUGUACUACAGAAUUUGUACGAGUUCUUGAAAUCCUCAAAAUUGAUGGGGAAACUUUGUCUCGCCAACUCUUUUGCAUUUCAACAUUUGUAAAAAUUAUUUUUUCAUAUAAUACGAGCUCCGUGUGAUGCAUGAAUAUUCAUGUAUAUAAUGUAUUUCAUCAUAAACGAGAAGAUAUACAUCUCUACGUACCCUUAUAUUUUAUUAGCUUUAUUUAUUUAGAUCUUAUAUGUACUAUAUGUUAAAUAGUUUUAAGAUAAUACCUCAAAAAAGAAUGAAAAAAUGUAUUUCCCUAAUUUAAUUUCUGUCCUGAGUAACGGAAAGUAAAAAGAAAGUUAUCUGAUUUUAGUGAAAUUCGAUUUAUUCAAAGUCAGAAAUUUCAAUAGAAUUCAUUAUGUUAAAAAGAUUUUUUAUAAUUAUGUUCAUUGCAUUUGCAAAGUAAUUAAAAUCUCGAAUUAUACGGGAAGGGUUUAAAAUCACUAAAAGUUCAGGUGCAAGAGUAAAUUAUAAAAUCGACAGGUAACCAUUUUUUCAGUCUUAAAGGUGAAAUUAAAAGUUUUUCCUAAGAUUGCCACUGAUACGGUGAAAGGAUAACAGACAAUGCAACAAAUUUAUCAUUUGUAAGUACACAUGACAUUUAUUACUGAACAAAAACACCCAUUUAGUAACAAAUAUCUGGCGUAUUAACAGCUAACAAAAAAUGUAUAUGAAGGGAAGACUGAAAAUAUCUUGAGCGAUAAAUGACAUCUGAGAUAAUUUCUUGUCUUUUAAUAAAUAGUCCUGAAUGAUUUCGAUAAUGGAACUCUUACCCAUUUCGAAAUGUAAGCGAAAUAAUUACUCAAACUUGAGGCUGAAUCGGAACGUUAACCUAAGCUAUAAAAAAAUUCACUAAAAAUGCAACUCUUUUUCAAAAUAUUUAGUCUGACAGGAUCUAAUUUAACCGAGUAACAAAUAUUCCUUCAUAAAAAAAUAACUUAAUCUCCCACAAUUUCUCCGAAUUUUUCUGAGUCCACUAUAAUGCUAUUUCUCUCAGCUUUUACUUUUUUACGAAAGAAAUUUGAUCACGUAAAAAAAAUCGCUGAAAAAUUCGUCCUUAUAUUUUAACAAGUCACUGAGGUGGACUAAGCAUAGUUCUCAGAAACUACCAUACAUAGAAAUUUUAUAGUAUAGAUUUCUGGAAAAGGAAAAUAAUACCCUAUGCUCUACUUCCUUUUGUUUAUAAUUCACGAAUUCUUCUAGCAUUAUUUUAAAGUUAAUAUUAUAAAAUACUAUUUUGUAUAAUUUUUUUUAUAUGGACACUUGUAUCUAGUUCAAAUCAUUCAUCCGUUCAAUCAUUAAUAAUAUUUUUGGUUAACUCUAACUCCUCGUGUUCCACAAAGUUAUACCACGAUGCUCGCACAAAUGAUGUAAAUAUUUCUUUCUUUCUUAAGCAGAAAUCUUAAGAAAUUGUUUAAAAUAUCCAUAAGCCUAACGUAAUAAUUUUGCAAGUUUUAUUUAGAGAAAUAGUGAUUCGGGAAUAUACGCAUUGCCUUUCUUAAAUUUCGGAUGAGACAGGAUUAUUCCCAAAAGCAAGUGGGGGGGGGACAUUCCUACCCCCCAAGACAUAACACUGGCGAAACCAUAACGUUUGUGCUUAGAACAUGUAAGGAAUUCUUUAUUCAAUAAUAAUCAUUGCUCAGAAUGCCUUUAUGUUGUGACUUCACAGUCAGCUGAUGUGAUUUACCUUCACAAUAAAUUUUAUUAGAUAAAUGUAUAAAUCUUUCCUUGAUCAGGAUGUGUUAAUAUAAUUUUCCAAAAAUAUGUCACUUGACGUACGUGCAUUAAUAUUUAUAAAAGCAAAUGUUUUUAGCUUAAAUAGAUUGUUCCGCAUAAAUUUUUUGUUAUACGAUAAGUAAUAGUUUUAACUGCUAAAUUGCUCGUAAUUUAUCCGUAAAUGUAAAAGGAUAUAAAAUGUUAAUUUGCAAAAGAGAAUCUAGAGCCGUGUUUCAAAUUAAAUUUUCUUGAUGAAAUGUGUGUUCAAGUUUGCUGUUAAUUAUACUGUAAGUGCACAAAUAUGUAUAACAAAACAACGUUUCUAUGUUUUGCAGAAUAUUUAUAAACUAGAAAAUAUUUAUUGGUGUUGGAAACCUUUUGUUAUUAUAUUGCUAAUAUAUAUAUAUAUAUACACUAUAAAAUAUAUGUUGAACGAAUGUCUUCCAUUUUACUGCUAGUCAGUGCAGCGAAAGUAAAUAAUAUGCUUCUGCAAAGUAUUUUACUGCUAAAAGGACAACAGUGUCCUGCUGUAUAUGUUCAGUUGUGGAACAUACCUGUACUCUUACUUACUGAGCUGAUAAUUUAUUUUGAAAUACCCAUUUUAUAGAAAGCUCAGAGUUCUUCAAACUUCUUUCACCCUAAUUUGAGCAAAAGAAGUUAUUGGUAAAAAAACUGCAAAAUAUUUUUGUCGUACUUGUUGCAUUUAUUAAAAUAUUUAUUUAUUUAUUUUAUUAAAAUAUUUAAUGCUCUUUAAGAAUAAAUUACAUUAUAAGCAGUAAUAAAUGUUUUUAUUUAAGUAAACCUCUUUGAUAUCCCCUUUUUAACGAUAAACUCUGAAAAUUUGGAAACUGUUCUGGCAGUUUGACUACGCAAAUUUUUUCUGUGCCCACAGAGUCUGUGACAAGAGUAAUUGUCUGUAAUUUAUUAAAAAAAUAUAAAAAUAACAAAUUAAUCGGAAACAUUAAGUAACAAAUCAUUUUAACAGUUGCUUAGAUAUUUUUGAACUUUUUAUACAGAAAACGAAUAGGAAAUAUGCUCAACAGUAAAAUCUUCUAUUAAAUUUUUAAAUUAAUUUCGUUUUUUUCAUUAAAAAUGACACUUAUUUCUAUUUUCAUACUUGUAAAAUCAGAUUUAGAAUAAGUAGCCAAUUUGUGUUAAUUAUAACGAAAUGACUGUUUGGUCCAGAAUAGUUACCAUGCAUACAACAUCAUAACUUUCUGUACAUGUUUUUUCCUUUAAUUUACAUCUAGCAAACUUAUUUCACUCGUGUUAAUAAUGCAGACUCUCGUCUCCUAAGUUUGCUAAGUCUAAGUUAGUCUAAGUUAGCACUUGUCCCUGAAGAGAUCCUUGCUUCAUAUGAAAUUAUACAUUUCACUCCCUAACAGCACGUCAGAAAAUAAUGUACCUAAUAAGAAAGUACAAAAGUACUCCAGAACUUAUGAAAGUGCUUCCAGUAAUCGGUCAAAAAUUAGAAAAUAUUCUUGAAAUUUUGUCAAUGUUAAGAAAACUGUAUAACUUAAGUGACUUAUGUAGAAUAUUUAUUCUAGUUUUUAGUCUUUUCUAUUCAUAUCUCUUCAAAAAAUACUACUAGACUAAAAAGUACUAUUUUAAAUAAUGUGAAACGUUUUUAUUUUAAUAAUUUUUAGUACUUAUGAAUUUAUUAUUCAGCUUUUCCAGGACUAACAUAAAAUAAUAAAAUCUUGUUUCCGAAAACCGAAAUUCAUGGAAAUGUUUGUAUAAUGUAUAUAACACUGUGCACUUUAUGUCAUUCUACGAAAUUAAUGUGAAAGCAAUCUAGGUUAUGCGAAGUAUGUUGUCUUGGAUGUUCUUUUUUUUUCUUCCUAGUUUCAUUCUUCUGUGCUCAAAAACUGUGAACUACAUCCAUACUUUAAAGCAUUUUAAGAAAAUACUAUUUGUGUUUGAUUUCAAUUAUGUAAGCUCUGGACGCAACACUGAUUUUUAUAUUGCACUCUCAUGUUUCACUUAAUGUGCUUUUUUCCUCAAAAAUAUCUGUUCUUAUUGUGUAUGUAAUGUACAUGUGUACGUAUAUAUAUAUACAUAAAGUGUAUACAUACAUAUAUAUAUAUAUAUAUAAAGUGUAUACAUACAUAUAUAUAUAUAAAGUGUAUACAUAUAUAUAUAUAUAUAUGUAUAUUAUAGUGUGUGUAAAUAAAUCCACACGCAGUAUGUUUAUAAUGUAUUUUUACUGUAUGAGUUUAUUUGUAAUGUUUUUACGAAAGAACAUUUUGUUGUUGUUGUUGUUACAGAAUAAAAACCAUAAAUUGCUAAUCUAGAAAAA